CAGCACUUCCGGAACUGCAGGAGCCUUUCACUGCUCAGGAGACAGAGCAAAAAGGGGGAAAAAAAAGCUUCAGGAUAAAAUACAAAAGCUUUAACACGCAGGGGUCUCAGCGCUUUCACGAGUGGCACCGAUUAGGGGGAUCGUGUUACUGAGUGGAUCAAACCUAAUCAACAUCUGCGUGAAAGUGUCGAGCUGUGAGCACUUCCCCUACUCGUGAGCCAAUGUGGGCUCCUGCAGCGAGUGUCCCUGCUGCGUGCUGAAGAGAGGGCCCGCGGGGUGGGGUGGGGACAGGGUCCGGGGGCCGCCAGCCCUCUCCAAUGAGUGUUCUGCGUGCCUGAGCUCCUGCCCCGGGCACAGGUUUGGUCUGCUUUCCGGCGCUCGGGACUAUUCGGCAGCUGGCACUGGGUUGGCCGAGGGCACACCAUGGAUCACCCCAGCCGGGAGAAGGAGUCGGAGCGGCCGCAGAGGAGCAGCAAGGUGACGCAGGGGCGGAGCGGCCACAGUCGGCCCUCCAGCUCCACCGCCUCCUCCGGGGUGCUCAUGGUGGGGCCCAACUUCCGCGUGGGCAAAAAGAUCGGCUGUGGCAACUUCGGCGAGCUGAAGCUGGGGAAAAAUCUUUACACCAAUGAAUACGUAGCCAUCAAAUUGGAACCAAUCAAGUCCAGAGCACCGCAGCUACAUUUGGAAUACAGGUUCUACAAACAGCUGGGAAGUACAGCUGAGGGGCUGCCCCAGGUGUACUACUUCGGUCCCUGUGGGAAAUACAACGCCAUGGUUCUUGAGCUGCUAGGCCCCAGCCUGGAGGACCUGUUCGACCUGUGUGACCGGACCUUCUCCCUCAAGACUGUGUUAAUGAUAGCCAUUCAGCUGAUCACACGGAUGGAGUAUGUGCACUCCAAGAACUUGAUCUACAGGGACGUCAAGCCAGAAAACUUCCUUAUUGGCCGGCAGGGCAACAAGAAGGAACACAUUAUUCACAUCAUAGACUUUGGCUUGGCCAAGGAAUACAUAGACCCUGAAACCAAAAAACACAUCCCUUACCGGGAACACAAGAGCUUAACAGGGACAGCCAGAUACAUGUCCAUCAACACACACCUCGGAAAAGAGCAAAGUCGUCGGGACGACCUGGAAGCCUUAGGCCAUAUGUUUAUGUAUUUUCUUCGGGGCAGUCUUCCUUGGCAAGGACUCAAGGCAGACACCCUGAAAGAACGAUACCAGAAGAUUGGAGACACGAAACGCAACACUCCCAUCGAGGUUCUCUGUGAGAACUUCCCAGAGGAGAUGGCUACGUACCUGAGGUAUGUGAGACGGCUAGACUUCUUUGAAAAGCCGGAUUACGAAUAUCUGAGGACGUUGUUCACAGAGCUGUUUGAACGGAAAGGCUACACCUUCGACUACACGUAUGACUGGGUCGGCCGGCAGAUUCCCACGCCCGUGGGGUCUGUCCAUGUGGACUCGGGAACGUCGGCGAUCACGCGAGACAGCCACGUCCACCGCGACCGGCCGUCACAACACCAGCCGCUCCGGAAUCAGACGGCCUCUUCCGACCGCAGAGGGGCAUGGGAAGUCCAGCCGAAUCGGCAGACAAAUACCUCUUACCUAACCUCCCACCUGGCAGCGGAUAGGCACGGGGGAUCUGUUCAGGUGGUCAGUUCGACCAAUGGGGAGCUGAACCCUGACGACCCUCUGACGGCCCACUCCAACGCACCAAUCACAGCGCAGGCAGAGGUGGAGGUGGUGGAUGAGGCGAACUGCGUGAAAAUGCUCAACCUGUGGUGCUGCUGCUUCUUCAAGAGGAAACGGAAGAAGAACACGCCGCGGCACAAAUAAUUCGAAAUGGAAAAAAACCGAAAGGAGAGCGAGGAAGACAACAGAAAGUUCUUAAAACCGCCUCCAGGGAGACUCGUGUCCCAGCAGCUUGCACAGUCGAUUGUUCUCGUCCCCCGACGGGAAAUCUUUUUUUCAACGCUUCAGAACGGAUGACUCGUCCCUUCACUUCUGUCCCCUCUGCUGGGUUAGAGGAGCGCCAGCACACUCAGGCGGGACUGCACUUCUUAACUCGCUCUUUCCUUUGUCUCGCGUUUCCAGCGGAAAGCGCCAGCUCUCGACAACCGCUUGGGUUUUUGUGGGUGUCGCUGGCGGUGCGGGUGCCAGCCCGUCUGCUGCAGUUCUGACGGAAGGGACUUGACAUGGGACCUCUGCUCCCCUGGCUUGUUCCUGCCUGCCUCAUGGCCGCUUUGGGCAUGAGGGGGUUCAUCCCAGGACCCCUCUGUGUGUCCCAGGGCGGGGUCAUGUCCUUGUGGGGAGGGGGGAAACUUGAUGCAAAAAAAGUCGACAUUUUUUUUUUUAGGUUGGGUAGCAAAAAUACUGUGAGAACUUUGUGAUCUGCUGUCUCCUUUGUUUUCUUUCUUGUUUCUUUUGUUGUUGUUUUUCUUCGGACGUAUUGCUAUUUAAGGAAAUCAGGGGCUGCUGUCAUUUUCCUUUUGCUCGAUGGCUGAGGAGGUUAUUUUGAUUUUUAUGUUUUCGAUUUAGAUGUUCAUUCAUCGUACUGUGGUCUUUGAAACGGUGGUCUUAUAACCAGAGCCUUCAGCCAUUUUUAGGCCUUUGGUAUCAAAGGUAGAACUUAUCUCAUUUUAGGUGUCCGGUAGAACUCACUGAUGUGAAGCCUCUAACCUCGAUAAAUGCUGUUGCAAUCAAACAAUUUUUAAUUCAGGAAUUCAAGAAAUCCCCAGAAUGACACGAGGAUAAAGCUGUUAAUUUCUCUUCCUGCAGAAUUUCCAAAUUAUGGGGCUCAAAGGAAAAUUUUAACACUGUGUGAGAGCUUCAGCUAAACCCAGGACUGUGCAAUCCAGCAAGAGCAGAGUGUUUGAGUGUACAGCUCUGAGAAAAUGGAAGAAACGACAUCAUUGCUCAGAAGAAGAAAGAGACAAAUCAUAAAGGCAUAUGAUGUUCAGGAAUAGAGUGCUUCAGGUAUAAAAUGUACUGGGAAGCAUUCAAAAUGCAAGAGUGCCUCACAGUAUAUAAAUCUCUAAGGAGAUGUGUAUAACAGAAGGAAUAUGAGUGGGGGCAUAUUGUACUUUACUUCAGCUUGUUAGAAAGGCUGUAAUUUUCAGAUCCCAGAGUGCGUCCGAGGGUUGGGGGUUCAAAAGGGGAAGCAGACUGAUGACGUUCGUUGUUUUCUGUGGGAAUGGCGACGGCGAGAGGCCAGGAGGAGUGGUUAGCUGAGGGUUGAGGUUGGAAGCUGAACCAGUCUCUCGCACACUGUCUACACUGCUUGUUUCACAGCGCUCCUGCGUUCUUGACUGCCUGUGCCACACUGUGUGUCUGAGACACUGGCUGACUGGACAGUAGAUCUGUGGACUGUAAAGUGACAUUUCACCCUUUGAGCACUACCACUCUCCCCUCACAGCAGUCUGAUUCUGACUACUGUGACCAUCAUGCAGGAUACAAGGGCUUCGUGGGUGAAAUAACACAGCUCCUGUAAGAUCUCAUAUUUCCGUGCUGUGUUACUAUGAGGCUAAAGGGUUCCUGAUAAUGUCUAUAAAGUUCAAUAGGUGUGCCUCUUUUUAUAAAGUAGUUUAAAGCCAAAAACUUUGGCUGGCACCUUAGGUAGACAUAGUGGUGUAGUUUAUAAGAGGCAGUGAAACCCUACAGGUGUUUGAGUAAGAGUUGCCUUCUGCCCAUGGUAGAAACCUGUAAACAGGUUAUAGUCAUAAUCGGGCAUAGUUUUCUAGGAGGAUUUGUUCUUUUUUUUUUUUACUGCCCUAGACUGUCAUUGUUUGUUAGACUGCUCCCUUUUCCUGAUGACAGAUCUGAUAGCUCGUCGUCACAGGAGAACCUGCACCCCACCCCUAGCUCGUUUUAAGCAAGGUGAGGCCUCUGAAGGCCCUGGAGAUCACCCAGAGCCCUGAGAGCCAUCUAGUGGUUCAGUCUUGGAAGAGCUCUGCCACUUGUCCGCAACAUUCUUCUUUUCAUUUUUUGACAAACAUUUACUCUCUGUCUGUACUUUCACUCCCAGUUUUUGGAUUCUUAAUCACCAGAUCUGUGAGUAGCAAAAAACUAAUUAAGAGACCUAUUUCAAUGUAUAUCUACGGUUCCAAUGUUUUUAUUAUGACGAUACAAGAAGCAUUCGUGCUUACUUAAGACUUGCCUAAAAAACCUAAUCCAAUCAUUUUUUUAUAAGUAUUCUUUCCCAAAAUAUGUUUUUUCACUUAAUCUUGGGAACAGUUUACAGACCAGUAGAGCUGCAUAGUACAUUACACCACCAAAGCCUGUUUGUACUUAUACAUUCUUUUCCCUAGAAUGAUCCGUUCCUGUGUUUGGGAUAUUCCAUGCUUUCUCCCUGAAGAUCCCUGUCAUUCUGUCUUGAAGUGAUUUCCACGGAUUUCCAGCUGUCUUCUGACUGUAGCUAGCAGUUUAUAACUCUUAUCCUGAACAGCGACAAUGUGUAACAAUGCCUUUUCAGCAGAUUCCUUCACAAAUGGACAUUUCAGAAGUCUUUCAUAUCCCGAUUUAUUUUCAGACUGCUUUCCAAAGCCAGAAUGUCACAGGCGAAGGACCUUCUCGAUGUGCAAUAUUCCUUACUGCUGUAGAGCCCAGUGUUUACACUUCAGCCUAGACUAAAUCCUGUGCUGUAAGCAAUGUCUGUAACUGCCUUUAUAAUGUUUUCUUCAUCACAGCAAAAGAAAUACCAAUGACUCCAUGCUGUGCUGUUUUAACCUGAAUUGUACUGCAAGACCAGGACUUCGUUAAAGCUGGACUGACUAAAAUCACAGGAGAAGUGUUGAUUCUGGAAGUUUAUAUAUAUGUGUGUGCUCUAUUUGAAAUGCACCACCUUUCCUGCUUUGAAUUACACUUCGUAAUGCCUUAACCAGGGCACCCACAUGAAUUCUCCCUUGGAGGGUGUUCAUACAGUGCACAUCUGGAAUUCGCCUCCCGCAGAGAGAUGGCAGGCUGUCCUGUACAGAAGGCCCGUCAGUGCCUGAACGGAGUGUCGGAGAGUGGUGUUCAGCUUGAGGAAAGAGGCUCAGAUUCAACACAUUUCACAGCAGGCAUUGAACGUGGCUCUUGGAGGCGGGGGUAGGGAGCAGGAUAUAGUAACAGCCUGAGAAGGAGAAAAGUGAGGCAAAAAGCUAAUGAUACCAAACUCAGUCUUCUACCAAAUUCUGAGGCAUCUGGGACUGCUGGCGAGCAAAGUCCUUGUUCCGUUCUCAUUGUUUUUUGUUUUUUUUUCCUGUGUUCAGGAAUUCUACCGUGGAUCCACUAAUACAUACGAUAGGUUGAAAGCCACUUUUGUGUCGAUGGAAUUGUAGUGUGUAGACGUAGGGCAGCUUACAGUUCAGUUCAUCUUGUUAAUCUGUAGUGUGAAACAAAAGGAAAUUUGUGAAACAGGGAGGGAUGGGGAGGUGUGUGGGGGUGGGGGUGGGGGACAACUGUUGGAAAUUAGCUUUUUUGUCAAGUUUCCUUCUCAGAAAAAGCAGGGGAUGGCCUUCGAAUGAAUGCAAAGUACUCAGUGUACAUAGUGACGAUGUUGCCUUCCUUUUCUGUCUCUAUUGCAGGAUUCCAGCAUUAACUCCAUGGGCUGUCUUGACAUUUUAACAAUAUAUUCUUAAUGUGAACUUAAAAGUGUAUAAUAUACUGUAGUCUUUCUAUUCUUUAGUUUUUCUAUUUUUUUCUGCUCAUCCAAAAAGCCAUGCUUUUAUGAACUGAAACAAACAAAAGCUGGUGAAUUUGACUGCACUACAUUUCUUUGCUUUUUGUUUACCUGAUCAAAGAUGCCAGUCUUGUUGUGUACUGUAAUCUUGUGAGUCUGGGCACGACUUAAACCACGUUUUUAGGCAAAAAAAACAUGGAAUGGACAGAAUGAUUCGUUUUCAUGAAAUCUAAUUUACCAAAAUGCUUCCUUUUUAUUACACCCUUAUUUUUAGCAUAUAUAUAUAUGUGUGUGUGUAAUUAUUUAUAUAGGUGAAAAAACGCUAGCCUGUGAAAGUCACCUCCUGGUGGGGUGCUGGGAUGAGUAUCCUGUAUAGACAUGUUGGUACCUCUUCAUAACAGCCACAAAGUGUUUCACAUACUCAGUUUUCAUUUUCAAAGUCCUGUUCAAAGCAGGACGAACUGUACAUGUGCACAGCUCUGUAUGACUAGGUUUAUUUGUUUUCAUUGUAGCUUUCUUCCUUUUUAUUUCUUUAUUUGUCACUUAUUUUGUCCUUUUCUCUUAAGUCUUAAUUCUGUACGACUUGAAUACAAAAAGAAAUGAGGCGUCAGUUUCUUUGAGUAUGGUGUAGUACAACUUCAGAAAACUGCUUGCAGCAAACAAAAUGCUCUUUAGUAAUAAGAGGUUCAUUGAGCGAGUCGUGUUGUAAUGCGCAAUGUUCCUCUCAUCACGUGUAGGAUAUAUGUGAAAAGGUUUUCCUGGCCUGCUGGUGUUUUUUUAAUCAUUUAGGCCCCACUUGACUUUUAAGUUUAAGGCUGCUGCUAUUGGUUAUUUUGAGAAUUUUCUUAAUUUCUGUGAUUCCCUCUUUAGAGGGAGAAGUAGGCAGAGCCAGCCCCCGAGGUAAUUCUGGCCCUGACCCAGAUCAAACUAUGUUCUUGUCUUUAAACAUGUGUCAAUUGCAGUAUAAUGAACACCAUUCGAUUCACUUUUCAGAACUGCUUCGUGACAAGCAGAGAGACUGGAAAGGGGUGUGUCUGAGGGUUUAUUUUUUUCCCCGCUUGGUAAGAAAAGUCUGGUUCACUUGUUAGCAUUGGCCGUCCUCCACUCACCCUCCGAUCAGAGGGUUGUGCCCAUUUCCUGCCCAGGUGUUGAAUUCAUGUGACCAGAGGUCAUCCAGGGCUGUCACCUCCUGCCUGCCCUGUGUACUGCUGUGGCUGGACAUUGAUAGUGUGCAUCAGCUUACCUUCACUUUAGCUGGCUUAGAUGGAUGUCAAAACCAGUACUAUACGACGACCCCUUGAUCUCCGCCACCUGCCUUCGCCAAAUACGUUUCCGACAAGAGUCAUUUUCCAAGAGAAACAUGCCUGUGUUCUCUAAUCAUCUAAGCUACUGAUGUCUAAGCAGGGCCUUGUUUUGCAAUCUUCUAAGGACAGGCAGCCAUGACACUGGAGACUCCUGCGACUGCAGUCCAGGCUUCGUGUGCUUUUAAAAGACGCCUCCUGUUCCACGCCUCCUAGGCUCCAACAGCGCAUCUUCGGAGUUUCGGAGCCCACCGUUUCAUUUCGCGUGGGUGUUGCUCAAACACGUCGCCUGGGUUGGCCGGAGGCAGCGCGGCACGAAGGAAUUCUUGGCCGUGGGUUGAUGCCUUUGUACACUUUCAUUCCUGGCUGCGAGUGAAAUUGCGCGCAAGCCCGGGACCGCUGCCGUAAAAACAGGAAAACAAAAUCUCGUAAAGGUCGUUUAUUUUGUCUUCGGUUUCUCCGGCCCUUUUAACAGUCCCUUUCCUGUACUUUAUCUCUUAUCCGGGUUGGGUGAGGGUAGUUACAAACCAAGACUGCAAUAUUUUUUUAGUUGUAAAUUGUACAGAAUUCACCAUUGUAUGUUUGUUGUUUUUUUUUUAAUCAAAGGACUCCUUAAAAGAGAAAAAACGACAACCUGUUGAUUCAGAUUAUUUUGUAUGUUCACGCAGAGGAGAAGUAAACAAUGUACAGAACUACAGGGGUUCGGCCUGUCUUUUUUUCUGGCACUGGUUUCCAAACUAAGGAGAAAAUAACUGUCUUAAAACUGUAUUAUGACGACUAUUAUUGUGCUGAAUAUGAAUGUUACUUAAAAAUGUAUUUGAAUGGUUUAACCUGGUAAAGGGCUGCAUUUGUGAAUGACCCAUUUCUUAUUGUUUUUUGUUAAUUUACAGAAAAAGGUCCUGAUGGCUGUCUUAAAAUGCCUAGUCUCCAGGGCGUCAUGUGAAACAUCACAUGUGACCUUUAAAAAUUACACUUUUUAUUCCCUCCGCAUUUAAAGGGAAACUCAAGUUUGCACCCUUUUUUAUGUAAAAUAAAAAAAAAAAUCUCUUAACCUUU